CACACACACACACACACAUAUAUAUAUAUAUGGAAAAGUUGAACAAAUACAGUUUUGCUAUCUUCUUCUCAAUCAUCAUCGCCUCUUCCCUCGUCUCCUUCGCCUUGUGCCUCGUCGCCGAAUUCAAGAAAUCUAAGAAAAAUGAUCUGAGAUUGGAUGGGAAGUGGUGUUAUUUGCCCAGAAGCGCCGCCUUCGAACUGGGGAUCGCCGCCUUGAUCUGCCUUUCGAUCACUCAAGUCGUCGGAAGUUUAUUCAUCUGCAGGAAAUUCCGGUCUACGGAUUCCCAGUCCAGAAGCUGUAAAGUCAGAAAGCCUACAGUUCCAUGCAGUUUGCUCGUUUUUUCUUGGGUCAGCUUUGGGAUUGCAGUUAUUAUAAUCAGUACAGGCACAAGCAUGAGCCAAAGUCAACCGUUUGGUCAAGGAUGGCUCGAUGGUGAGUGCUACUUAGUUAGAGACGGAGUCUACAUCGGCUCGGCUAUACUAGCCAUGCUGGCUAACGGCUCAAGCCUCGGCUCGGCCAUCGUAACAAUAAGGCGAAAGAGAGCUGAAGAGAACAGAAAAGUUCAUCAUGCACAAGCCGAAACCUGACAAGAUAUAUAUAUAGUAUAUACGAACCAAAUACAGCCUCGCGGAAAUACACACAUCAAACGGAGACAAAGUAACAAAUUAUUAGGAAACAGGACACGAGAUCGGUGCAACUUUUUUUUGUAGUAAAUUUUUGUAACUAUAUGUAUAAUCGGAAUGAAACGGCUGUUCAAAACAUAUAAUCAGCCAAAUAAAGUGGUAUUUUCGUAGACAAGACAAGAGGCAGGUUCAAGAACC